ACCCGCACACCCACUUAGUUCCAUUAAUAAUAUGGUGAUAACAUAAUGCACUUUUAAAGUAAGAGGAGAAGAAAACUAUGUUUUCUGGGUGACAGCCCGACGUACAUUACAGAGUACCGUUCUGAAGAGUAUUGUCUCCUAAUGAUUAUAAUCCGUUUUGAAUUGCAGUUUGGCUGUAAUUUCAGGGUCCAUGUGGGCCUGCAUGUAUUUUUACCUAAUGAUAGGCCUACACACAAUUCCAAAAGCAUUUGAGUGGACGCUUUUUUAAGUAGGCCUACCUCUGACAAGCGUCUUGAGCAGGAGCACCCGAAAUGGCUGAAUUUAUCCCGUUUUAUCUAAUAAUAAGCUUACAAUGUACAUGAGUACAUGUUUAAGACUUUUCCGAGCAGGGAGACUUACUUUGAAAGCAAUAAACGAAAUUUGUUAACUCAUUCACGUGAGGUGAAAAUAGAAAAGUAACUCUUGAAACUGUUUUUCCCCCCGAAUGAUGACUGAUGCGGUAGCGAACGGAAAGUCCAGGAAUAAAAGAAGUAAGGAUGUUGGCGCUUUUUUAUACACUAGUUUCACAUCUCCGCUGGCAUAGAUCUGGCAUGCUGUAGUUAACCAACGCUGAAUUUUAAUGUGCAGUGCAGUGCAAGCAGUUUGAAAAUCGUGCAUCCAGGCCGUGGUUCUUUCCUGCUUGUUUGUUACGACGGAACAGCCUUUACAAAGUAAAAAUUCAGUGCGAGUGGGAGUUGUCAGUUGAGAGAUUCGUGGACUGUGGACGAUUUUGUCAAGACUUACUUGUGGCCUCUUCCCCCAGCGAGCCGAGAGUUCGAGAUUGCUACACACAGUCUCAUUGGUUGACAUAAUUAACUUUGCCCCCACCAAGCUGGCAGUGGCAAGGCUGGCCAUGGCAGGGCACCAAAGCCUCCCGCCCGUGUACAAGGGCCGCGUGACUCAUGUCAUCGAUCCAAGCAAUUUCUGGAUGAGAAUCGGCAGUGAUUCCAACUUUGAUAACUUUGGACUGUAUCAACGCAAGUUUGACGAGUUUCUCAAUGGUGGAUGUCAGGAGUUUCCGGACAGCAUUGGCAGCCUGGAGCUGGGAGACUGCGUCAUGGUGGCAGAUGCUGAACAUGCCAGUGGAGUUUCUUCAAGCUCAGACAGCGAAAGUGAGCAGAGCCACUGGGAGAGAGCGCAAGUGUUCAGUGUCGACACUGACUCGGGCACAGUGGAUGUUUUCUACAUAGAUCAGGGUUUUACGCAGAUUGUGAAGUUUAGCCGAGUCCGACUGGCCAACCAGGAAAUCUUCCAGUGCUUUCCUCCACAGGCACAUCAUUGUGAGCUGUCUAGCAUUGUACCGUUGUCCAAAGCGUGGACUCGCCGAGCAGUGACUGUGUUUGAGUCGCAGGUGACGGGUCGGGACCUGGUAGUGUGUGUCAGGGCGGCUGUGCAGCCGGAUGGCUACUGCUCUGUGCAGCUCUUUUACAGAUGGAAGGAGUCUGGCCCAUGGCUCUCUGUGGCUUCUCACAUGCUGGAGGAGGAGGUUGCUAUGAGUAGCGGAGGAGAGCUGGAAUACGAUGAAUUACCUGCUCAGUUUGUGGAAGCUGCUCUUCUACAAAUGGAGGAAGAGCAGCAUGCUGUGUGCUCAGAUGCAGAUGGGACACAGGAAGCAGGAUCGGACGUAGAGGUGGACCAGCAGUCGGACCACGAAGCCGGGCGGCUUUCUGUCAGUGAGACGCAGCGAUGUUCUCCACAUGAGGACGUGGGUCAGCCCUCUGUGAACGAAGCAGAGCCUAUGUCAGAAAACAAGAGGAGGCGACCAUUAGAAGCAGAACUUGCAUCAUCAUCACCACCAUCAUCUUCAUCAUCACCACCACCAUCACCCACUGAAGUCUGCUCAGUCCACUCUGAGGGAAGGGAAGAUAGUCGUGUCUCUGAGCCAGAGCUCGGACUGAGGAAGUCCUGUGAUCAGUCAGUGUAUCUGCCGUCGCCUUCAGAGUUUAUGGCCCCACCUCAUCCCGGCACCCAUUCUCCGUGUGAUGUGGCCACUGAGUCUGGUGGCAUUCCAAAGGUUGAUGUGAAGAAUGUGUUCCAGGAAACGAGCCACGUGGAUCUCUGGCAGAUGAAGGAGGACAAAGUAUCAGAGGCGCAGCGCCACGUCAGAUCUCGGCUGGAGCUCGACCUGCAUGAUGGCUCGGAUGUGGAGGAAGAGGGAGGGGACAGUGACACCGAGUACGGUGAGUGGGUAGGGAGGAAAGGUCAACGUUUCGAAGGAGUAUAUCUGAUCUCUUUUUGUCCUCCAAUUGAUGUUUGGAAAGACACCUAG